AUGAAGAGCUUUCCUGUUGGCUUUCUUGUUCUCCUGAUCUUCAUCCUGAGUGUCCAUCAUGGAGUUGCCAGACGUGGCAGUGAUGUGGCCAAGUUCUGCUGCUUCCAAUAUAGCCACAAGAUCCUUCCCUGGAAGUGGGUGCAUUCCUAUAAAUUCACCAGGAACAGCUGCUCCCAGCAGGCUGUGAUAUUCACUACCAAAAAAGGCCAUAAAGUCUGUGCACAGCCAAAGGAAAAAUGGGUGCAAAGAUACAUCACUUUACUCAGAGAGCAGCAGCUAUCCUAACUGCUCUUGACCCUGCUUGUCCUUGGUGAAACCUGGAGAUUUUCUUCAGCAGAAGCCUCUGUGGGACUGAGGAGGAGGAGAGGCUUAUAAUAAAGAUUGCUCCAUUAAGAUUUGAUUUGCUCCUAAACAUUCUUAUUCAGUAAAACCUGAGUCUUCUUCAAAGCAAAGAAACGGAGUCAAUAUUUUUGGCUGGUUCCCUGCCCCAGCACUGGUAUGGAAUUCUUCCUAUGUUUUUGUGCCAAAAAAAAAAAAAAAAAAAAAAAAAGCCAGGGAAAGUUCGAUAUAUUUUGGCAAAAUGCCCAUCAAAUGUUUUCACAUUAUUUAGAGACGUAAGUUUAUGUUAUUUGGAAAAUUAAAUUCUGUGCAACCCCUCAUGGCCUGUUGGUGCUGGGUAAAUAAAAUGCCUCCAUAUCUGGCAGUGUUUUCUCAUAACGUGUCAAUCAAUAAACAUAAAAAUCG